AACCUAAAGAAAGAAACUGCGCGCACGAGGCACGGCCUCUCUUGAAAUGGCUAGUAAAACCUUCGAACUUAAACCUUCGAAAAACCCUUUGCUGCCUCAGAAAGCACAGAGCAGAAAACAACCAGAAGAACCUUAGCAACAGAGUUCGAGAGACCAAAGAAUGAGGAAUCAUAGAAAAAAACGUGCAAAGCAAGUAAAAAAGUUGAUGCAGAGGGGGCUUUUGGAUCCCGAAAAGGUUGAUCCUUUUUCUCUUUUUCUUGAAACUGGAGGAAUAACGUACUGUUUGUACAAAGAUUCAGAAAGGAUACUUGGUAAUACAUUUGGAAUGUGCAUACUCCAGGAUUUUGAGGCUUUGACCCCCAAUCUCCUUGCAAGAACUAUAGAAACAGUGGAAGGUGGUGGGUUAAUAAUCUUGCUGCUGCGUUCCCUAUCCUCAUUGACCAGUCUUUACACAAUGGUCAUGGAUGUUCAUGAAAGGUAUCGAACUGAAUCGCAUUUGGAAGCAGCUGGUCGCUUUAAUGAACGCUUUUUAUUGUCACUUGCAUCAUGCAAAGCAUGCGUUUUAAUGGAUGAUGAGAUGAAUAUACUACCAAUUUCUUCCCAUAUAAGGUCAAUUACUCCAGUUCCAGUGAAAGAGGACUCAGAGGGGCUUUCUGAAGGGGAAUGGGACCUUAAGAAUCUGAAAGAACAGCUAAGUGAUGAGUUCCCUGUUGGUCCUCUUAUAAAGAAAUGCUGUACACUGGACCAGGGAAAGGCUGUUGUUACAUUUCUGGAUGCAAUUUUGGACAAGACACUUCGAAGUACAGUUGCAUUGCUUGCUGCUCGUGGUCGAGGCAAAUCAGCUGCUUUAGGAUUAGCAAUUUCUGGGGCUGUUGCUGCUGGGUAUUCCAAUAUUUUUGUUACUGCACCCAGCCCUGAGAAUUUGAAAACAUUGUUCGAUUUUGUUUGCAAGGGUCUCAAUUCACUUGAAUAUAAGGAACAUAUAGACUUCGAUGUGGUGAAGAGUAACAACCCUGAAUUCAAGAAAGCAACGGUGCGCAUUAAUAUCUACAAACAACACAGACAAACAAUUCAGUAUAUACAGCCACAGGAGCAUGAAAAGCUUUCUCAGGUUGAGUUGUUGGUUGUUGACGAAGCAGCAGCCAUACCGUUGCCAGUUGUUAAAUCGUUACUUGGUCCCUACCUGGUUUUCCUUUCAUCUACUGUGAACGGAUUACCUCCACCAAAUGAGUGUGACCUCUACUAUGUAAAUCGAGACACACUCUUUUCCUAUCACAAAGAUAGUGAGCUGUUUUUGCAGCGAAUGAUGGCGCUUUAUGUUGCUUCUCACUACAAGAACUCUCCCAACGACUUGCAACUUAUGGCAGAUGCCCCAGCACACCAUUUGUUUGUUUUGCUUGGCCCUGUUGAUGAAACCAGUAAUCAACUUCCAGAUAUUUUGUGCGUCAUUCAGGUUUCCCUUGAAGGACAAAUCUCACGUAAAUCUGCAAUGAAAAGCUUGAGCGCUGGUCACCAACCCUUCGGGGACCAGAUACCAUGGAAAUUUUGUGAACAGUUUCGGGAAGCAAAUUUUCCCAGUCUUUCUGGUGCUCGAAUAGUUCGAAUUGCAACCCAUCCGAGUGCCAUGAGGCUUGGAUAUGGAUCACAAGCAGUAGAACUUUUGACCAGAUACUUUGAAGGUCAGUUUGCUCCUAUUACUGAAGUCGAAAUUUCAGAUGAGGACGUUGAGCAUGUCAGGGUUACUGAAGCUGCAGAGAAGGUUUCAUUAUUGAAAGAAAAUGUAAAGCCUAGAACUAAUCUUCCUCCCCUGCUGGUAUCUCUUCGUGAACGACGACCUGAGAAGCUUCAUUAUAUUGGUGUAUCCUUUGGACUCACUUUAGAUCUUUUUCGCUUUUGGAGGAGGCAUAAAUUUGCCCCAUUCUACAUUGGCCAGAUUCCAAGUACUGUGACGGGUGAGCAUACAUGCAUGGUCUUGAAGCCUUUGAACAAUGAUGAAAUUGAAGCUAACGAAUCUGCUCAGUGGGGCUUUUUUGGUCCGUUUUACCAAGAUUUCAGGUUAAGGUUCAUUAGACUCUUGGGUUUUAGUUUUCGUGGAAUGGAAUAUAAGCUAGCAAUGAGUGUCUUGGAUCCAAAAAUCAACUUCUCGGAACUAGAUCCUUCCGAGGAUACCAUAGAAGAAUUUUUAAAUGCAAUCAGAUUUCUCAUAUCAGCCCAUGAUAUGAAGCGAUUGGAAGCCUAUGCAGACAAUCUUGCUGAUUUCCACUUGAUACUAGAUAUUGUUCCAUUACUUGCACAAUUAUAUUUCAUGGAGAAACUUCCAGUUACUUUGUCGUACGCACAGACAUCUGUGUUGCUCUGUAGUGGACUGCAGUCACGGGAUGUUACUUCUAUUGAGGGACAAAUGAAGUUGGAGAGGCAACAGAUACUGUCACUUUUUAUUAAAGUCAUGAAAAAGUUCCACAAGUAUCUUUAUGGAAUUGCGUCAAAGGAGAUAGAAUCGACCAUGCCACGUAUGAGAGAGAUUCCAAUGGAACCCCAUGAAAUCACUGUGGAUGAUGAUCUCCAUGAAGCUGCAAAACAAGUUGAGGAAAAAAUGAAAAUGAAUAAUGAGGGAUUGUUAGAUGUUGGGAUGCUGCAACAAUAUGCCAUUGUGGACGGAGAAGUUGAUCUUGCCGGUGCUUUGCAAAGUGGUGGUGGAAAAAUUCCCUCAGGCGGAGUUGUAAGUGUAAAAUCCAAUAAAACCAAGGCCGAGAAGCAAGGGAAGAGGAAAGAAAAAGAUCACAGCAGUAAGAAGCGAAGUAAAGAUGAUGGUUUCAAAUCAAAUAAAAAGAAGAAGGUUUAACCAAUAAUCACUCUUAAACCUAACCAAAAAAACUAGGGUUCGGACCAUUUUGUCCUUCCCUUUGGAAAGUUAAACCAGCAGUUAGCUCUACAGAAUUGGGUUAAAAAUGACAAGAGAUGAGGGUAGGCUAUCAAGUAAUGGUUAAGUAGCCUUAGAUAUAUUGUUUCUUUAUUGUUUAGGUUGAAAUUACAGUUCUUACCAUUAUAUAUCAUCCUUUUUGCCCUUUAGGAUGUUGGCCCUUAUUUUAUGUAGGCUAUGAUAUCAUAAACUAUUAUUUA